AUGUUAGCUGCUGGUCAGCUUAUUAGCGAAUGGCAAAACGCCCAAGACAUCGAGCAAUAUGUGGAGCUAGGAGACUUGCUGGAAUUUAGAAGAGUUGCAUAUAUAGCUGGUGCGCCCCAUGGCAUUUAUAAGCAUUGGGCAGUGUACAUAGGACGACAUGACAACGUUCCUCUAGUAGUGCAUCUUUCUGGAGAAGGAGCCGACUUCAACACAGGCGAAGGUGUCGGCAAUGGUCCGUUGGAUUCACUCGCUGGAUCAUCAUCAGGCUUGUUCAGCGGAAUCGCUGCGGAGGUUCGUAUCAGGUGUAUCUUCAGAUAA